AACUGAACUGAAGAACUAUUCCUGUGAUUUUACCAGAAGAAACAUGAUGAUAAAAGAAGUAUUCAUUCUACUAGCAAUCCUGACAGUCUCCAUUCAUGGAUGUACAUCGGAAGACAAGGUCCUACUUAGGGAGGUGACGGCCAUUACUCUUACAGAAGGUAAAAUGACCAAUGCCAGACGUUCCCCAGCCAUUAAACAGUUGGAGUGUGUGGGCGGGUCAGCCGGUUGUGAUGGUUUCAGACCGAAAGUGGUCCUGUGUGUUAAUGCAGGACAUGAUGGAUAUACUGUUCAAUGGGACUGUAAGACGGAGAUGGAGAGCAAGUACAGGUUUGGCAAGAAGCUUGACAUCAAUUGUGAAGGAUAUGACUAUCUCGGUGAUUCUUAUAUACUGAGGGGAUCCUGUGGGCUGAAAUAUGAAUUGGAUCUGACUAGUGAUCACUGACAACAAGUAGAGGGCAAAGCUGGCAAAUGCAUGUCCCCCUUUUUAUAAACUCAAAACUUAAAAUUAAAAAAAUAAUGCUGCUUUUAGCUGUUUUAUAACUUA